AAUAAAGGUUUGCUGUUGUCAGAACCCGUUGUUCCUAUUAGUCUAGUGAAUCUCAACCGAUUUUAUUUAAGAGCAACGAUGCUGCUUCUUUGUGGCAGACUGCAGUAUUCGUGGGAUGCAGGAACGGAGAAAUUGAAUUAGGAAUGACGAUGUCACCGGAUGUAAUCUAUCUGAUGGCAAUUACAUGCGUUACGAAUAUUAUUAUUCAUUUCGUUGUAUACUCUUUCUCAUCAUCAUCAUCAUCUUCUGGGUUUCGUUUGCAGACAAACCUGCAUGUGAUUAUCCAGCAAGUGUUCGGUGAAGACUUCGUUCAACGGUACCAGUUAGGAGGAGGAGGAGGAGGAAGAGACUUCAUGCGGCACUCCCAAUCAGGAAACCUCAUACUGCCACCUGAACUGGGUUGGCCCUCACCGUCCUCCUCGUCACUUCGAUCUUCAUCAGCGGGAAGUCCCCAGAGCUCACCUCUUCUUCUAACUAAACCAGGUGCUUCUUUUGUUCCUGAGGCGAUCACAGAGCAACCACUGGCUCCGUCACACCAAAUGCCCAUGCAAGCCUACAACCCGAACCAAAAUGUUCAAUUCCCAGCCGCUACAGGUGAUGAUGAGGCAAUGAGGAGAGCCAUGCUUGCUAUUAUCUGUUUGCCAUCCUCGUCUUCUUCUCCACUCAGUCACCAGCUAGAUCUGCAACAACACCAAAUCUAUCAGAGACGUAUCGACCAUCAAAUUGGAGCUUUUAAAGCUUACGAUCCAGCUCUUGCUCCAAAACCGGAGGCAAAUCAGAACUUACCUGGCCAAAGAAUGAUUAAGAUGGGCAUCAACAUCUUGACAGAAAUUAACAGGAUGAGGAUGGAAGCUCGAGCGCAGGAACAUCGGCCAACAAGUAACCAGUUGCACCACAUCAUAUCGGAGCGCAGGCGUCGGAAGAAGAUUAAUGACUACUUUCAUGCUCUCAGAGUGCUACUUCCGCCAGGAUCUAAGAAGGACAACGUAUCGGUGCUGGCAAACACGAAGACCUACUUGAAUUCCUUGAAAGCUCGAAUCUCUGAGCUUGAGGAGAGGAAUCAAAUGCUAGAACGUCAACUGAAGUCUGCCGACGACGCUGAUGAAGUUAGUGAUCGAAGCGAAAGAGUCGAAGUUCAGAUAAGCCGAUCCUCCGAGUUCAAAUCAGAGGCGCAACAAAUCAACCUCAGCCUCAUCGUAAGGGAGGAAUGUGAUAUGAUAGAUCUGGUUCUCCAUGCGCUUCGACUCCUGAAAGAGAUGAGAGACGUAAUAUUGAUAUCCAUGGAUGCAAGCACGAGAUCGCCAUCGAGAAAUAUAUUCGCAAGGGCCAAUCUUAAGCUACAAGUGAAGGAUAGUGAUUGGGACGAGGGCAGGUUCGAGGAAGCCAUGACCAAAGCCGUCGUCGAUGCGUUGGCACAAGGAAAAACGAAGACUCCAUCACAUUCUUCACCGGCCCAUCAAUCUUGACCAUCUCAAUUUUUCAGUUCGAUGGCUCGAGAGACAAACAAGAAGCAGCAACAUGGGGUCAAAUGAGGUAAAUAAGGCAACGUAAAGGUGCCCAUAAAGCAUAUCCAAAGGUGCAUGCUAUCAUGGAGGAGGGAGUAUAUAUUUCUUGGGUGCCACACCGUAGAAUGAAAAGCUCAAAGCUGGGGGAAUGAGGAGGGGGGGUACAUUUUUUUCUAUUUAAACAGGGAGUUGUUUACUGAGGAUAACAUGCGAUGGUGGCCGAGUUUGACUGGCCAAUUAGAUCGAUGAACUUUUGGUGUGUCACUUUUUUCUUUUAGCUCUCCUUUUUCCAUUUUCAUUCUGCAUUUCCUCUCUCCUUCUCCAGUCGACAUCAUGGUCCAUAUACUUGAGACAUCUGAAAGGUACAUACCUCAAUAGGAAUUUGCAAACGUGCGGCUGCAAAGGCAUGUACAGCUUAUGGAUUACGGAGAAACGCCUUUGUUGACGAUCGAUGAGUGAGCAAGAUCAGAUAUGGGAAAAAGCUGCUGCAUGCGAAAGCCAGUUUGGCCAAGAUUGGCUGGCUGGCUGGCUGGCUGAUGAAUUGCAUUUGUGCAUUGCGUGGGAGAAAAGUGGAAACUUCCGAGCAUCUCCUCUCGUCUUGGAUGUCGUUCAGCAUUAUUUCCACGUCCUCAGUUUAACGGGGCGGCAAGCAUGUGGUUCAACAUGUUGUCUUUGGAUCCAACCGUCCUAUCACAUAUCUGAGAGUCCUUAGUCAUGAUUUGAACGACCGAAUUGA